AUGUCCCACGUCUACGGCGAUCCGGCGAUUCUUGCCGGGAUCCGGGCAGAGGUCGACGAGCUGCUCCUCAAGAAGGGUUGCGGCAUUCGCGACCUGAAGCUGGACGAUCUCCUCGACUUGAAGCUGACGAACGCCUGUAUCACGGAGGCCGUGCGAUUGCACAGCGACAUCCCGGCCAAGCUGACGCUGAGAACCGCCGAGAUCCCCAUGGAGUUCGGCGGAUUUAAGAUCCCUCAGGGGGCCACGAUUUUCCUGUACGCCGAUGCCGUGCACAAGGAUGAGAAGUACUUCCCCGAUGCUGCCGCAUUUUGCCCGCACCGCUACACCGAUCCGCAGGCUUUCAACAAGAUGGCGAUGGACCGGGAGAUCGUAACUUUCGGCCACGGCCGAAAGCGCUGCACUGGCGAGCUGCACGCGCGGUCACAGAUCUCGGCGCUGCUGGCUUCUUUCGUGAUGAGAUUUGACAUGGAUCUCGUCACCGACGAAGCAGACAACAGAAUGCCGGAGGACCACGACGGCCCCUUCGUUUUUGACACCGCCAACACCCUGAAGUUGGUCAACCUGCGCGCAAGAUCAG